GUUAUAGUAGUAGUACAAGUCAAAGACGCCAAAGUUUACUAGUAAAUUUAAUUUUGUUUUUGUUUUUGUUUUUUUUUAAUUUUUUUGAAAAGUCCACAAAUUAUGUCAGCCAUCUGCCUUGAUAGCCAUACAUCACUCAUCGCAAAGGAUGAGCAUGGCAUAUUUAGCCUACUGACCCUUUUAUUUUAUUAUUAUUAUUUUUUAAGUCGAAAAGAGGAAAACAAAAAUAUAGAAACCAUUACAAUUACUACCAAAAAAAAAAAAAUAUGGUGAUCAAACCGCUAACUUCUCUCCAAUUCUUCCAUCCCACCAUACUAUUUCUCUCUCUCAUCUCAUGCACCACUCUUUUCACUCUCAGUAUCUCCGAAAAGUUGAAUUCUCCCGAGUACUACGACAAUUGUGCACCUUUUUGGUGUGGCAACAUUACCUUCCCCUUCCCCUUCUCCUCCUCCUACACCUUCGGCUCCCGUCCCUACGACUGUGGCCUUCCGCGCUUCCAGAUCUCCUGCGACGCCACCUCCUCCCUUCCGGCCGGCCUCGAACUCUCCGGCCGCUCCUACCGUGUCCUCGGCCUCUACGCAUCCGAAAACCUCAUCACCGUCGUCGAUCCUCAGCUCAUCGACGACCUUCGCUCCGGCUCGUGUGGGUCCCUCAGAAACCCCUCCCUUUCCACUCCCGCCGAUUCAGCAGCAUCCCUGACACUCCCUACACGGGGUAACAACUUCACCUUCUUCAAGUGCCCAAUUGAGGUAGCUACUACAAUCAUGCCUCAACAAAUUGUGGGAAAUUACAGUUGCAGUGAGGGUGAUGAUUUUCGUCUUUAUCUUUGGUUUGAUGGGCGAGUCAGCCCGGUGGCGACUCAGAUACCGAGUGGGUGCGAGUUGGUGAUGAUGGUGCCGGUAUUGGAUGCGAGCUUGUUUAGGUAUGGGUUCUUGAAUAGGACUAGUGGUGACCGUUCGAUUGAGUUGGUGUUGGGUGUUCUGGGUGAUGGGUUUGCGUUAAAUUGGACGACUCCUGAUAAUUGUAUGAAGUGUCAAAAUAAAAGUGGACGGUGUGGAUAUGACAGCGGCGCCAACAACAUUAUUUGUUUUUGUAAAGGUGGAUGUGGUGUUAGGAACAAAUCAAGUAGAUGGAAGCUCAUUGCAGGUGUUGCAUCCGGAAGCUCAUUUGUUCUACUUGUUGUAGUCGCACUGCUCAUUUUCAAGUAUAAAAAGGGUACUUCUGCAAUCUUCAAGACCUCAUAUUUCAAAAAGGAUCAAACCACAGAGGAUGAGAGAAAUGCAAAGCAGUUCAUUAAGAACUAUCAAUCAACUGUGCUGACCAACUAUCCCUACAAUGACAUUAGAAAAAUGACCAAUGGCUUCAAAGAAAAAUUAGGGGGAGGCGGCUAUGGCAACGUCUUCAAGGGAAAAUUGUCAGAUGGUCGGCUCAUUGCUGUCAAAAUGCUCGAGAAUUGCAGAGACAACGGCCACAAUUUCAUCAAUGAAGUAGCCACCAUCGGUAGAAUCCACCAUGUUAAUGUCAUACAUUUAUUGGGAUUUUGUUGGGACAGAUCAAAACAAGCUCUUGUUUACGAGUACAUGCCCAAUGGAUCUUUAGCAGACAUAAUAUCCAAAGAGGAGGUGAGCAUUUCACUUGGUUUGGCAAGGCUGCUUGAAAUUGCCAUAGGAGUUGCACAUGGAAUAGAGUACCUGCAUACCGGUUGUGGCUCGCGGAUUUUGCACCUUGACAUAAAGCCUCAAAAUGUGUUGCUGGACCAGAAUUUCAAUCCCAAGAUUUCAGAUUUCGGGUUGGCAAAAGUAUAUUCUAGAAAUCGAAGUGCAGUCACAAUGACAGGUGCAAGAGGAACCAUAGGCUAUAUUGCUCCCGAGAUUUUCAUGAGAAAUAUUGGGAAUCCUUCUCAUAAAUCCGAUGUUUAUAGUUUCGGAAUGAUGCUGUUAGAGAUAGUUGGAGGGAGGAAGCAUGUAGAACCAGAGACGAGCAAUUCAAGUGAAGCAUACUUUCCAAGUUGGAUUUAUGACAAGCUCAUUGAAGAAAAUGUUGAUUCUGUGGUGGAAGAGGAAGUGUUCAUUGCGAGGAAGAUGGUUAUGGUUGGUUUGUGGUGCAUUCAGAUAAAUCCUAGAGAUCGUCCCUCGAUGACCAGAGUGGUUGAAAUGUUGUCCGGCAAUGCAGAAGCCAUUGAAAUGCCUCCUAAGCCAUUCUUCUUCUCUCCUCCUCGCGUGAAAUUUGAGCAUGACAUGACUUCCAUUGAGAGCGAUGACAGUGCCUUACCUCUAGCAUUUGAAAGUGGUGAAAUCACUGAAAAUUAAAACCAGAGCAAUGUAAAGGUAGUGCCUGAAGUUGUAAGGACACAAAAGAACCAUCCUUACAAGGUGGUAAAGAUGCAAAAGAUGCUUCAGGUUGGGAAAUUCAUUAGGAAAAAUUAUAAGAACAAAGGAAGAGCUAAAACGAAGGUGAGUAGGAUAUGUGUGACCUCGCGCAUCUCUUGGGGGAGAAGUUCACAACACUUAAAUGUGUGGAUGUCUUCUAACUGUAUAGACGUGUUUUAAAAAUCAUGAGUACAGAGAGUGUACAAAGCGAACAAUAUCUACAUAGCGGGACGGUCUCGUGACAAUAUGAGAUUUGACAAAUAGGGAUUCAUUAGUCUCCCCACAUUUGAGUCAAAAUGAAAGAAAUAUGAUGGUGAGUCUGCAAUAUUUUUUUUGCAACUGCAGAGACGGUGCAAGAACUUGGAUUUCAUGGAUGGUGAGGUGAUUGAAGAGGAGGCAAACCAUUGCUUAACCAAAAAUUAAAUUAUUUUGUGUAAUGCUUCCACAUGCAUAAAGCUUUCCUGUUUUUAAAUUAAGUGCAUUUUUGCAGGGUUGGAUUAUUUAUUUAUUAAUUUUUACUAUUA